CAGCGAAUCGUCAGUUGAGCGUUUUCAGCCUUACAGGAAGGAUCGUCGCAGCGAGAAAUCGUGUUCUUUGUUUGAAUUUCUUUGUUCGGAUUUACCUUUGAAUAAUGACUUGGACAGUAUUCAGAGAAAUGGACACCUGCAGUUCUAAUAAGAAACUUGUUGACAUUGGAGACGCAUUGUGCAAAGCUUUGGUCCAAGCCCACACCACCAACAGGGUAACAAGUGGUGUUAUGGAGUGUGCCAAGCUCCUCCGCUGUAACCCUGACAACGUGAUGCUGUGCGUGCUGCCGGAGGCGAGUGGACAGCAUGACGUCACACUGGACAUCCAACACACCCUCAUCGAGGCGUUUUGUUGGGAGAAUGACAUCCCGCUUAUUAAGGUUGACAGCGAAGAAAAACUUGCCAAGACCUUAUCAAAUGAAGAUGAAAAUAACAACGGUGGCAUUGUCAGAUGUCAGUCAACUGAUGUCAGUUGUCUCUUGAUUGAGUUCGCCAAAGGGGCAACCACUCCGGAGGACGUUUUAUUGACGGACUAUGUCGCUGACGUCAUCAAUAAUGAUGUUUACCCGAAGCCUGUAAUCGAACUGCCUGUUUGAAAUCUACAUCACCCAUUUCUGCUUCACUUAUACACCAGGUAAUCCCAAACCUGGUGAAAGAGAUAACCAGUCACCAAUUGGUCAUCACUGGCCAAGUCGUCAUGGCGACCGAGGUGCACCAGCCAAUCAGACGCAAGUUCAGGGUUGAUCAUCCAAUCAGAUUACACCAAGAGGGAUGGCGCCGGCAGCAGAUUCGAAACCGCGGUCUGUGAAGUGACUCCUGUGCUGACCUACACGAUUGUUGAUGCGGUCCUGGUGUAGAUAAACCUUGAUUUGGGCGACCAGAUUUGUAACCAAGACUGGCAGGCCUUUUGCAUAAGUCACCCAACUCAUUAUUGAGAUGAAUGCCUGUAUUCGCAACAGGAGAGGUGGAGAAAACUGACGCGAGUAACGGACACGCUCGUCACAUUCAUCAUUAUGCUAAUUAUUGUUAUCAGUUGAAAUCAUUAUUAGUGUUAAAAUGUUCUGUUCUAUUUCUUGUACAUCUAAUCCUUUUUCAUGUUUGUUUUUUUGGUUAGUUCCUUUUUAUUAUGUUUAAUAAAUGAAGAAUUUAGAA